AUGUCAACAGAAGAAAUCGACGACAUCGUUCUGGAGAAGAAGAAGAAGAAGAAGAAGAAGGAGAAGGAGGAGGAGGAGGAGGAGGAAGGGGGUGCCGAGCAAGCGGAGCAGUUCACCCAGCGAACACAUCCGUUCGGAUCCAUCGUUGCCCCCGUGAGCGGUUCCGUCCGUCCGUCCGUUCGUUUCUCCAUCCGUCCGUACGUGGUUAACAACGAACGAACGAGCACCGCCGCUGCCGCCUCCGGGAACAACAAACCCGGAAUGUUGCGAAUGUCAGAACAAGCGCCGAAGUCAACUACCGCCCAUUGCUGA